AUGGAGGACAGGAAGAGGCCCGCCGUUGGCAGCGCCGAUGACCUUGCGCCGCCGAGUAAGAGGGUUGCCAUCAAUGGAUCCAAGCCCAGGGACGAUGCUCCCGAGAUGAAGGAGGAGAGCUGGAUUGAAGCGUAUACAAAGGGCGCCAUUUAUCGCCAGAUGCAAGAAUAUAGUCGCAGAGCCGCCACCGCAGAAUCACGAUUGGAGGAAGUACAUAAACGAGCCGUUCACCACGAUGAUCACAUCCGGAUUAUUGAUGCAUGGUGGCAACAAGUUCUCGAAGAAAUCGAGUUGCUAGCCGACCCCUCUCUUGCGAGCAAAAAGCUGGAUGGCCCACCGUUCUUAAGCAGCGUUUCUUUCAAAGAUUUGCAACACUUCCAAAGUCACCUGCAGGACAAGGGGAAAGCUAUCAAGAAUAAGACAGAAGACCUUCUGCAGCGAGUCGCCGCACUUCGAGGAGAAGUAAAGCCCGAGACGGCAACGCUAGAAGGGAAAAUAACAGGGCUCCUCGCCUCUCAAAAAGAUUAUCUUCUUAAAUUGGAUCGACUAAACAGCGAAAAAGAUACACUAUCAGAGCAGCUCAACACAGCUACACUGCGAUAUUUCAAGGCUGAGAAGAAGCUGGAUCGUGCCAAAAGUUCACAGGUGCAGAAGUUGGAACAGCAAGCCUUCGCCAAUGCCACACGACCACCCUCUGCUACAAAGGAAAGCUCAGAAGAGCCUACGCCUUCUAAUGGCGCAGGAGCAGAGCUACUCUUAAAGUAUGAGGAAACUGCGGCAGCGGCUACGAAGCAGAAGGAGCAACUCGACAACCUACUGGGGGAGGUACGAACUUUGCAAGAAGAAAACUCGACACUUAAGGCCAAACGCGAGUCCUGUUCAGAUGAGGAGUUUGUCAGGACCGACGUUUUCAAGCAAUUCAAGGGCCAAAACGAAGAGCUUAUCAAGCGCAUCAACAACUUGGAGGCAACAAACAAGCAGCUUCGAGAAGAGGCUGAAAAGCUACAAGCCGAACGAACGACAUUCCGAUCACAACUGGAAACUGAGGCUAGCCAAGUUGCUGCAGAGUUGGAAGCAGACAUUGCUGCCAGAGAUCAGGAUCUCGCACGUGUUCGAUCGGCUCGAGAUGAGAUUCUAGCUGAGAACACGCAACGAAAAGUUAGCAUGGAGCAAGAAAGGCAGUCUUUGAAGCAUAUGAAAGACCUCGUAUCUGCGAAGGAGGACCGCAUUUCUGCGUUGGAGUCUGAGAUCGCAAGAUUGAGACCAGCUUCCGCCGAGCAAGUCACAACGGACCUUUCUGAAAUGGAUGAGGAUGAACUUCGCCAGAAAUUUAAGAAACUGGAGAAGGAUUUCCAGGCCAUUAAUCAUGAAUUGCCGUCGAUAGAAAAAGCAUUCAAGAAGAUGAGGGACUUAGGGCAGACGAGAGUCAUGGACUUUGCAGGACUGGAGGAGAAGAUGCAACUACUAAUGGCGGAAAAGAACAAGGCGGACCAGAAGUACUUUGCGGCGCGCAAAGACGCCGAUACGCGAAAUAACGAAAUACGAUCCUUGCGCCAUCAGAACAGCAAAAGCGCCGAGCUUAUUGCGCAGUUGAAGGAUCUCGAGGCGCAAAAUCGCACGUUGCUCGGCAAUUUGGAAAAACAAAUGAGUGACUUGCGCCUAACAAACGCCACUCUAGUGGUUGAGAACAAGAAGAUGGAGGCCGCCACCGUGGAUGGGACGCGUCGCGUCGAGUCGUUGAAUAAGCAGAUUGCGGAGCUCUCAAGUUUGGUGAAGGCGAGAGAUUCGGCAUCGGCCGUUAUCAAGGAGAGAAAUACUGUGCAAGAGACCGAGGUGGAGAAGCUCAAGGUGCGAAUUGAGCAUGCGCAGAAGGACCGGGAUAAUUGGAGAAGCAAGGCGCUGAGCAACUCAUCGGAGGAAGAGGAAAUGUUGCGAACAUUUGCUCUUUGCACCAUUUGCCGGAACAACUUCAAGAAUACAGCGCUCAAGACGUGCGGUCAUCUCUUCUGCAGCAAGUGCGUGGAAGACCGCAUCAGCAAUCGCAUGCGCAAGUGUCCAAGCUGCUCCAGAGCGUUUGAUAAAAUGGACGUCAUGCCUGUUCAUCACUGA